AUGGGAGAGUCGCCGCCACCAACGCCGCCGCCGCCGGCGGCGCCGGCCAAGGUGUACUACGAGGGGUGCCCCGGGUGCGCCAUGGAGCGGAGGAAGGAGAGCAGCACGGGGACCCCGUACAAGGAGCUCUUCUUCGUCGGGAUCACCACCUUUGCAUCAUCUUUGCCGAUCACGUCGCUGUUCCCGUUUCUCUACUUCAUGAUACAAGACUUGCACGUUGCUCAAAGAGAAGAAGAUAUUGGAUUCUAUGCUGGAUUUCUUGGUGCAUCAUAUAUGGUUGGUAGAGGUUUCGCAUCGAUCUUUUGGGGCAUGGUUGCAGAUCGCAUCGGACGGAAGCCUGUAAUUGUAUUUUCACUUUUCACGGUCAUUGUGUUCAACACUUUAUUCGGAUUAAGUGUGAAAUAUUGGAUGGCUAUCACUACAAGGUUGCUUCUUGGUGCACUAAACGGAUUUCUAGCACCAAUCAAGGUCAAUACAGCAUGGGGAUUAGGCCUUAUAAUUGGCCCAGCAAUUGGGGGCUACCUUGCUCAGCCAGCCAAACAAUAUCCACACAUUUUCCAUGACAAGUCAACGUUUGGGAGGUUCCCAUAUCUUCUUCCAUGUCUUUGCAUAUCAAUUUUCGCAACAUUCGCCCUCAUAAGCUGCAUAUGGCUUCCGGAAACACUACACAAGCACGCCAAGUUUGAAAUGAGAGCUGAAACGGCUGAAGCUGGCACAACUCAGGAAAGUACAGAGUCACCUAAGAAGAGCUUAUGGAAAAAUUGGCCGUUGAUGUCGUCCAUUAUCACAUAUUGUGUCUUCUCCCUUCAUGACACUGCAUAUAGUGAGAUAUUUUCCCUGUGGACUGUAAGUGGUAGAAAAUAUGGUGGACUUAGCUUUUCAUCUAAGGAUGUCGGUCAAGUUCUUACAGUGGUAGGUGUCAGUCUUCUUGUAUACCAAAUCUUUGUUUAUCGUUGGCUCAAUAAUACACUAGGACCUGUAAACUCAACCCGCAUUGCAUCUGCCCUGUCUAUACCAAUUAUUGCUGCUUAUCCCUUUAUGACACGCUUGUCAGGAAUAAGACUUGGUCUGGCUCUCUAUAUUGCAGCAAUGAUUAAAAGCGUUCUCGCUCCACAAGGGCAAAGAGGUGCUGCGAAUGGAAUAGCCACAACAUUAAUGUCCUUGUUCAAGUCUGUUGCUCCAGCAGGGGCAGGUAUUCUAUUCUCGUGGGCACAGAAGCGCCAGCAUGCAGCGUUCUUUCCAGGUGAUCAGAUGGUGUUCCUUCUACUGAACGUGACAGAGGUCCUUGGGCUCUUGCUGACCUUCAAGCCUUUCCUGGCAGUCCCCCAACACUACAAUCAAGCAACAGAGAAGAAGCCUCCAUAUAACGAGUUCACGAUCGUCGGGGACAUUCGCACAUCUGCACACGGUAGCCUGCUGGUCUCUUCAUCCAUUGCUGAGACGAACGAGACCUCUGCGGACGUGCCGGCGUACGAGGCCAGCGGAGGCAAGGCAUGCGGGGCGUUCAGCAGCGCGGUGCAGAGCGUGCUGGCGGCGCACCAGGCGCCGCUGAGCAACCGGGAGCUCGUGGCGAAGGCCAGGGCGGUGCUGGAAGAGCAGGGGUUCGAGCAGCACCCGUGCCUCUACUGCACCGACGCCAACGCCGAGGCGCCGUUCCUUUCGCAGGACAAGAAGGAGGAGACAGCGGUGGGCGCGGCAAGCCCGGCCAUGUCGCCGGCGCUGCUGUAG